CGCCUGGAGGGGCAGGAGUUCUGCCUCAAGCACAUCCUCGAGGACCGCAGCGCCCCGUUCAAACAGUGCAGCUACGUUUCCGCCAAGAAUGGAAAGCGGUGUCCCAACGCUGCGCCCAAGCCCGAGAAGAAGGAUGGCGCGUCGUUCUGCGCGGAGCACGCCCGAAGGUUGGCGCUCCAGGCUCAGAUGAAGAAGUCCAACCCCGGACCUGUGAGUGAGACGCUCCUUUGCCAGCUCAGCUCUUACGCCAAGACGGAGCUGGGCUCCCAGAGCGCUGAGAGCAGCCGCAGCGAAGCCAGCCGCAUCCUGGAUGAGGACAGCUGGAGCGACGGCGAGCAGGAGCCCAUCACGGUGGACCAGACAUGGCGAGGGGACCCGGACAGCGAGGCCGACAGCAUCGACAGCGACCAGGAGGAUCCCCUGAAGCACGCCGGCGUGUACACGGCCGAGGAGGUGGCUUUGAUCAUGCGAGAGAAGCUGAUCCGCCUGCAGUCUCUCUACAUCGACCAGUUCAAACGCCUCCAGCACCUGCUGAAGGAGAAGAAGCGCCGAUACCUGCACAGCCGCAAGGGAGAGCACGAAGCCAUAGGCAGCAGCCUCCUGACCGGCCCCGAGGGGCUGAUGGCCAAGGAGCGGGAGAACCUGAAGCGCCUCAAGUGCCUGCGCCGCUACCGGCAGCGCUACGGCGUGGAAGCGCUGCUGCACCGGCAGCUGAAGGAGCGCAGGAUGCUGGCGACGGACGGCGCUGCCCAGCAGGCGCACACCACCCGCUCCAGCCAGAGGUGCUUGGCCUUCGUUGACAACGUCCGAUGCUCCAACCCGUCCCUCCCGAUGACCCGGCACUGCCUUGCGCUGCCCGUCACCCGCUGGGAGGAGCCGUGCUGCCCGCUGCACCUCCGCCUCCCCCCGCAGAUGUACGUCCCCGAGCAGGCGCUGGCUGUCCCCGAGGGGCUGGAAGCUGCUCCCACCGACCUGUACCUGAGCGCGGCCGAGCUCCAGCCCACCGAGAGCUUGCCGCUGGAGUUCAGCGACGACUUGGACGUGGUGGGGGACGGCAUGCAGUGUCCCCCGUCCCCUCUGCUCUUCGAUCCGUCCAUGGCCCUCGAUCCAUCCCUCCGAGACGUUCCCGAUGCCCCCAUAGACAUCCUGGCGCUGGAGGACCCUUCCCACCCCCCGCCCAUGGACAGAGGGACAGACAGAGGGACGUCCUCUGCCCACCUCUUCUCCCCGGCCACCGAAACUCCCGGCCCCGGCACCCCCCCCCGAGCUCCCGUCGCA